AUGCGUCUCGCCCGCGAGCUCGCGCGCGCGCGCCCGCGGUGCCCUCGCGCGUGCGCCAGGGUGCCCCGCGUCGCCCGCGCGCGCGCGGCGUCGACGGACGGGUUCGUCGGACGUCUCGGUGGAAAUUGUGCGCUCCACGCACCGUGCGCUCGACAAACGUCGAAAAAGUCCGUGUUCUCCACCGCGGUGCGAGCGCGGACGACGGCGCGCGACGACGCGAGCGAGGCGAAGGGGCGUGGGAAGAUUGGUGGGAAAAAACAAGGGAAUGGGGUGACGUCGUCGCCGGAAGAGGUGAAGGCGCUGCGGAUGGGAAAGUUGGACCAGUUGACGGCGCUGGGCCAACGGGGGUUCGAUUAUCGGUUCGAUCGCACGAAGUACUGCGAUGCGCUUCAGAGAGAACACGAGAGGCUGGAGAACGGCGUGGAGGUCGAGGGGAGCUCGGAGGCGGUGUGCGGUCGGGUGAUGGCGAAGCGGUCGUUCGGGAAGUUGGCGUUUUUGUCGUUGGUGGACGAGCGCGGAAGCGUGCAACUGUUUUGCGAUAAGAAGCGAUUAGAUGAGACGAGUCCGGGGGCGUUCGAGAUGAUCACUGAGUUGGUGGACGUCGGUGACAUCAUCGGUGUGCACGGGAGCGUGAAGAGGAGUGAUAAGGGGGAGCUAUCCAUCGUCCCGACCAAGGUGCAAAUGCUCACCAAGGCGUUGUUGCCGCUUCCUGAUAAGUGGCACGGCUUACAGGACGUUGAGAAGCGGUAUCGACAGCGAUACGUCGAUCUGAUUGUUUCCCCGGACGUGCGAAGCACGUUCAAGGCUCGGUCCAACAUCAUCUCCACCAUCCGUCGCAUGCUCGACGACCAAGGAUUUAUGGAGUUUGAGACGCCGGUGUUACACGACUCGGCAGGCGGCGCCGACGCGAAGCCGUUCAACACGUUCCACAACGCGCUGGGGAUGCAAUUGACGCUUCGCAUCGCCACCGAGCUCCACCUCAAGCGCCUCGUCGUCGGUGGGUUCGAACGCGUGUACGAGAUUGGUCGCAUUUUCCGCAACGAAGGACUCUCCACCAGGCAUAACCCAGAGUUCACGUCCAUCGAGGUGUACCAGGCGUACGCCGACGUCACUGAUAUGCUCGAACUCACUGAAGAGAUGAUUUGUCAGUGCGCCAUGAAAGCGUGCGGGACGCUGACGAUUCCGUACGGCGAUCAUACGAUUGACUUGAGCAAGCGCCCGUGGCGACGCGCGCCGAUGAACGACUUGGUGAAGGAGGCGACCGGAGUGGACGUCAUGUCGUUCGGCGACGACCUCGACGGUGCCAAGGCAGCUGCGAUCCCAGCGCUCAAGGCACACUCCAAGAAGGCGGGCGAAGGGAUUAAGGGCGUGAAGACGGCAGUGAGUGUCGGUCACGUGCUCAACGAAAUGUUUGAAGCCACUUGCGAGAGCGGCUUGAUUCAACCAACCUUCGUGCUCGACCAUCCGGUGGAGAUCUCGCCCUUGGCGAAGCCCCAUCGGGAUAAACCGGGUGUGACGGAGCGGUUCGAGCUCUUCGUCGUCGGUCGCGAACUCGCAAACUCGUUCAGCGAGCUCACCGAUCCGAUCGAUCAGCGCGGACGUCUCGAGAAGCAAAUCGAAUCCCAUGCCAAGACAUCCGCCGCCCAGCGCGAGGCCGCCGCGGGCGACAAGGACGUGCUCAAGGAGCUGGACGACGAAUCGUACGACGUUGAGCUGGACGAGGACUUCCUAACCGCGUUAGAGUACGGCAUGCCACCGACUGCCGGCAUGGGUCUCGGUAUCGAUCGUCUCGUCAUGCUCCUCACCAACUCGCCGUCGAUUCGCGACGUCAUCGCAUUCCCACUGCUGAAGAAGCAAGAUUCAUGA